AUGCUUCAUCUCACCAAGGCCCUUGUGGCGGGUCUUUUAGCAGGUGUUGCCGGCAUGGCAAACGCCUUCAACUACGACCAGCCCUACCGUGGCCAAUACCAUUUCUCGCCCCAGGAGCAAUGGAUGAAUGACCCCAAUGGCCUCGUGUAUCACAAUGGGAUAUACCAUCUGUUUUACCAGUAUAACCCCGGCGGUAUCAAGUGGGGGAACAUGUCCUGGGGCCAUGCCACCAGUAACGAUCUGACCCACUGGGAGGAGAAGCCCAUCGCCCUUCUUGCCCGAGGAUAUGGCGGCGAGGUCACCGAGAUGUACUUCAGCGGAAGCGCAGUCGUUGAUGUGAACAACACUAGUGGCUUUGGGAAGGACGGGAAGCCCCCCAUGGUCGCCAUGUACACUUCCGCCUACCCGGUUGCGCAGACCCUGCCCAGUGGAAAGACCAUCCGGGAGGGCCAGCAAUCCCAGUCCAUUGCCUACAGUGUUGACGAUGGUAUAACCUGGACCACGUACGAUGCUGUCAACCCGGUAAUCUACAACCCUCCAGCCCCAUACGAAGACCAGUACCAAAACUUCCGUGAUCCCUUUGUUUUCUGGCACGAGGAGUCUCACAAGUGGGUUGUCGUCACUGCUCUAUCCACAUUGUACAAGCUAGUCAUUUACACUUCCGACAACCUAAAGGACUGGACGCUGGCGAGUGAGUUCGGUCCUUACAACGCCCAAGGCGGAAUUUGGGAGUGCCCCGGUCUUUUCAAGUUGCCUCUUGAUGGAGGGAAGUCCACGAAAUGGGUCAUCGUGAGCGGACUCAACCCCGGCGGCCCCCCCGGCACGGUCGGCUCUGGAACCCAGUACUUCGUGGGUGAAUUCGACGGCACAACUUUCACUCCUGAUGCCGAUUCUGUGUAUCCCGGAACCGCGAUCGCCAACUGGAUGGACUGGGGCCCAGACUUCUAUGCCUCGGCUGGCUUUAAUGGCCUCUCUGCCGACACCUACACCCACAUCGCGUGGAUGAACAACUGGCAAUAUGGCACGAACAUUCCCACCAGCCCAUGGCGGAGCGCCAUGUCAAUCCCUCGGCGUCUAUCUCUCAAGACUAUCGGGGACAAGGCGACUCUCGUUCAGCAGCCCCAGGAAGCAUGGUCUUCUAUCGUCAGCAAGCAGCCGGCCUAUUCACACACCUACAAUUCUGUUCGCGAAGGCUCCCUUUAUGUGGGUACCAAUAAAGACACGAUCAAGAUCGACUUGAGCUUCUCUGCUACUUCGAUGGCUUCGGAGUUUGCCAUCGCUGUUCGCGCCUCCGCAGACUCCACCGAGCAGACUCUCAUCGGUUAUGACUUCGUCAACAAGCAAGUCUUCAUCGACCGCACCAAGUCUGGAGAUGUGUCAUUCGACAACACUUUCGCGAGCGUAUACCGCGGACCCCUUGCUGUCAAUGGCAGAGUAAAUCUGACCAUAUUUGUCGAUCGGUCUAGUGUUGAAGUUUUCGGGGGCCAGGGGGAGACUACUCUCACAGCUCAAAUCUUCCCGAGCAGCGACGCAAUUCACACCCAUCUGGUAUCCACUGGAGGGGCCACUAAAAACGUCAAACUCAGCAUCUACACUGUCGCCUCGACUUGGGCCUGA